CCAGGCAGCCGAGGUGGACGCUGGCUAUCGCCGCCGAUACUCCCACCAAAACACUGACGGCUCCCUCGCCUCAUGCCUCUCAUCUCCCCCGCGGGCUCGCUUUAUUCCCUGACCAUGAUUUCCAGCUUUUCCUUCCAUCGGACUCCCCGAUGUUGCGCCGUCUACUACACGAAGGCGUGAAUCUUUUUUUUUUUUUUUUUUGUGAGUAGAGGUGGAUCUUCCCGGAUACGGCGAAAGGGGGCAAGCUGUAUGAAAUAAUAAUAAAAGAAGAAAAAGACUUUUCACGGAAAUCUCUGCCGAUUAAAAAAAAAAGAAAAAGAAAUGCCACGGAGGAAACAAGAAGCGCCGAAGCGCGCGGCAGCCUAUUCUCCCGAGGAGUUGACCGAGCCCGGUGUGGAGGAUGAGGGAGCAGAAGCUGACGACCUGCCCUCAGCCCCUCAGGACGAUCCUCCCAUGAAAGAUGGGUUUGUGGAGCAAAAUGAUGGGACUUCUAAGGAGCAGCCAUGUGACCAGGAAUCAGCUGAGGCCACAGAGUUCUCAGGACAAGAAAUGGACAGUGAGUCACAUGUGAGUGAGACCAGUGACCGCCUGUCAGACUUUGAGAGCCCAUCCAGAAAGGUCGAGGGCAGCUCGAGUGCAGCAUCUCUGAAUGCAGAUGCUAAGACUCCACCCAUUGGCAUGGACACCUUAGAACAAAUGAAGGCAAUCUACUCCAGCUUUUUGACCAGUCCCUUGUGGUCACCGCUGAACUUUAAUUCCACUCCACUACAGACACAGUCUUUGGCUUCCACAGAAAAGCCAGCUCGGAGUAACAGCACUAGUAGCAGUAGCAGCUGCAGCAGUGGUAGCUACGACUGGCACCAAACUGCAGUGGCAAAAACAUUACAGCAGCUUCCUCCUCAGAGCCGAAACCCUGCUCACUCUGAGCCCAGCCUCUUUAGCACAGUCCAGCUUCACAGGCAAAACCCAAAGCUGUUUGGCUCCAUCUUCACUGGAGCUAGUAAAUUUCGUUGCAAGGGAUGUAGUGCUGCUUAUGACACUCUGGUGGAGCUCACAGUUCACAUGAAUGAUACAGGUCACUAUCGGGAUGACAACCAAGACAAGGCUGGCAGUGGAGCAAAGCGCUGGUCGAAGCCACGCAAGCGAUCUCUGCUGGAGAUGGAGGGGAAAGAGGAUGCCCAGAAAGUUUUGAAGUGCAUGUAUUGUGGCCAUUCCUUUGAAUCUCUCCAGGACCUCAGUGUCCACAUGAUCAAGACCAAACACUACCAGAAAGUGCCUCUGAAGGAGCCGAUGGCCCCUGUGGCAGCCAAAAUCAUGUCUUCUAAGAAAAGGGGAUUUGUGGGAUUGGACCUUACUUCCACACCACGCUCCAGAGAAGGAACCCCCAAAGCUAAACAUGCAGAGCUGAGCGAACCUGCACAGAAGCCUUCCUCAAGCCCCUACUCCACCCCUAACAACCGCUAUGGCCAUCAGAAUGGUGGUAGCUAUGCUUGGCAGUUUGAAUCUAAUAAAUAUCAGAUCCUUAAGUGUAUGGAGUGUGGGAGCUCCCAUAAUACACUUCAAGAGCUGCGGACCCACAUGAUGGUGACAGGACACUUCAUUAGGGUGACCAGCUCUGUGGGGAAAAGAAUCAAAACACUUCCUGAGGCGACCUCCCCCAACCCCGUGAGGGUUACCACACCUACUGAACAGAGGGUCCAGUCUGUACCACUUGCACCCUCCACCUUCUCCCCUCCACCACUCCAAACCACCACCACUCCCCCUGCCAUUUCCCCUCCUCUCAAAGAGAUCAAGAAGGAGGAGGUUGAGGAGGAAUGCACUAAAGAAGAGACUGUUCGUAAUGAAAAGCAAGUUGCCGUAAUGGCUGGUAAAGAGGAGGACAGCGAGAAAGAGGAAAAAUAUGACAUUUCAAAGUACAACUAUUUGACUGAAGAGGACCUGAAGGAGACCCCGAAGGGGGGGUUCGAUAUUCUUAAAUCAUUGGAAAACACUGUCACGUCAGCUAUCAAUAAGGCACAGAGUGGGAAUCCCAGCUGGGGCGGCUACCCGAGCAUCCAUGCAGCCUACCAGUUUCCCAGUUCACUCAAACUCCAACAAGGUGGCGUGGAAAAGAAUUCACAGAUGAAGUUCCUGUUUAACGGAGGGGAUGGAGCACUCUCCUCCCUCGUCAAGAACCAGCCUCUCAUUUCCCCACCACUCAGUCAGUCCUCGCCUUUUCCCAGCAACAACUUUCAGGCAAUGGAGGAGUUGGUGAAAAAGGUGACAGAGAAAGUGGCAAAAGUGGAGCAGAGGGUUAAGCAGUUGUCCCCGAAGAGGGAGCAUCAGCUCUCGCCGUGUAGCAGCGAGGCUGGAGAAUCACACAAGGGAGGAGAGGCUGAUUCACCUCGGGAGUGGAGGGAAGUCACCCCAGCCAAUAGCGACAGGGGAAGCCAUAGUGACCGAGCAUCCCCAGCAACAGAGCCCAAGAGAGAAACAGCAGUCAAAUCCCCACUUGCCUCAACACUGAGAUGCAGCACCGCCAUUAUCACUGGUCAUACUCCUCCUGAGCAGCCCUUUGUCAACCCUCUAAGUGCUCUUCAGUCAGUAAUGAACAUUCAUUUGGGGAAAGCAGCCAAGCCCUCUUUGCCAAACCAAGAUCCCCUGAGCCUGCUGUCUAGGCUUAGCCAGAGCAUGGCUGAGAAGGCCGCUGUCGCUGCUCCUCCGUCACAGACCAAAAAGCAAGAGUGUGUAGUUGAUAAUAGUUUUAGCCAGCCCAGUGAUGACCAACCAAUGGACCUGACAAAAGGGAAGAGUGAUAGAGGAGGCUCAGUGGGCUCAGCCCCCCUAACACCUUCAUCCACAGCCUCCUCUAUCUCCCCCAUUUCUCUUGUCACUCCUGCAAAGCUAACAGUCGUUUCACCCUACACAUCCAGCAGUCCUCUACAUGAAAAUGCUUUGUCGGAUAUCUCGGACAUGCUGAGAAACUUGACACAGUCUCAUCACGCCACAAAACCUCCCUCACGGUCCAGGGUCACAGAGAAAACAGAAGUGGUGGGCUCUACCCAAGAGGAAGACGAGGCCUCCCUGCACGGCCACAAACGAAAGGGCCGUCACUCCAACUGGAAUCCACAGCACCUCCUCCUGCUGCAGGCCCAGUUUGCCUCAAGUCUGAGGCAGACGUCAGAGGGAAAGUACAUCAUCAAUGAUCUCAGCCCACAGGAAAGGAUGCACAUAUCUCGUUUCACCGGUCUCUCCAUGACCACGAUCAGCCACUGGCUGGCUAAUGUCAAGUAUCAGCUAAGGAGAACAGGCAGAACCAAGUUCCUUAAGAACCUGGACUCCGGUCAGCCGAUUUUUUUCUGUAGCGACUGUGCCUCACAAAUCCGAACCCCAGCAGCGUAUGUAUGCCACCUGGAAGCCCACCUGGGGUUCAGAAUCAAGGACCUGGCCAAGCUGUCCCCCAAGCAGACUGUAAGAGACUCUCACACUGUCACUGAGAAACUCGUGCCCCUGGAGUCCUUCCUUUCUCCACAAUCACAAGAUGACUGCAGCAGUAAUGGAGCUGUGUAUCGCUGCCAGCUCUGUGUCCGCAAGUUUGCCACUAAGCACGCCAUCAAGCUUCACCUCAGCAAGAGCCAUGGGAAGUCUCCAGAGGACCAUCUGCUAUAUGUGUGUGAACUAGAGAAACAUUAAAGUACUUUUAGCAGUAGACAUACUGGAAAACAUAUGUAGAAUGACUGUUGAUAGCAAAAAGAAUAAACUGAAUAUUGGAAACAUGUGGUAAUGCACAAAGAUGCCAUGAACUACUGUUAAAAAUGUCAGCACAAGGUGUUUACAUCGGUUUGGCCUAUAAGCAUUUCUGAUUUCCCUGGAUUUCAAAGGUCAUUAAUUUCACGAUAAAAUAUGAAAAAAAAAAAAAAAAAAUUCAACUACUUCAGUCUGCAUUCGCCUCUGGUAAUGUGACACCAUAGUGGACAGAUUAUUUCAUGAUCACAGUGAAUCUUUUGACGAUAAGGUCAGCUAUUAACUUGAAAUGUAAUAACUUUAUUGUAUUUAUUUUGUAUUUUUGUGUCUUUGGCUUUGAUUUGCUGGUAGACUGCAUGUUUUACUGUUACGUUUGUACAGUCCUGUCCUGUCCAGAUUUUAAAAAGCAUUUUAAACUGGUCUCUCUUUUUUUUUUUCAACACCUAAAAAGGCCAAAUGCCUGAGAAAGCUCCUUAAAAGAAUCUGCCAAACUGCAGAAGUUCAUUGCUUGUUUUUAUAGUUUUCUGUGUACAGCCUAUUGAUUUUCUUGCUGAUUGUAAAAGCUGCCUUGUUCUUUAUCAUUGAGUAAGGGGCACUCAGAAUCCAGGUCUGUGUAAAAAA